CCUUGGACGGCCUCACGCAUGUCCCUCCUACUAUCCAGGAUCGCACCCCACUCUCUCGUUCGGUCUACAUCACUUGCACGCGCCAUGUCAUCAGCUCCGACGUUCAAACCCUUCAAUCUCGCUCUCAUCCAGCUCGGACAGAUUGGGGCCGACAAAGACGCCAACCUCAAACAUGCGCGAGAAAUGAUCAAGAGGGCUGCAGGCGCGUCGCCUAAGCCCGAUCUUGUUGUCUUGCCGGAAUGCUUCAACUCCCUGUAUGGAUACUUGAAGUUCCCCGAAUACGCGGAGACGAUCUCGUAUACGCCUGGAGAGCCCUAUGAUGUCGCGGCUUCCGAGAGCCAGACAGUCCAGAUGCUCUCUACUGCUGCUAAAGAGGAGGGUGUCUGGCUCAUCGGAGGGACCAUUCCCGAGCGCGAGGCUGGUACAGGGAAGCUAUACAACACCGCUACCGUGUACUCUCCGCAAGGGGAGCUGAUCGCAACGCACCGCAAGGUCCAUCUUUUCGAUAUCGAUAUUCCCGGGAAGAUCAGGUUCAAGGAAAGCGAGACCCUCAGCGGAGGCACUACGAUCAACCACUUCGACACAGAAUUCGCGCGCAUUGGAUUGGGAAUCUGCUACGACGUCCGCUUCCCUGAACUGGCCGCGACCAACGCGCGACAAGGAUGUCAGGUGCUGAUAUAUCCUAGCGCCUUCAACACCACGACCGGGCCUCUCCACUGGGAGCUGCUCAAUCGUGCGCGUGCGGUCGACAACCAAGUAUAUUUCGCCAUGUGCAGCCCCGCCCGUGAUCUCACGCAAGGAUACCAUGCUUGGGGACACUCAAUGCUCGUCGAUCCAAUGGGCAAGGUGAUCGCAGAGACGGAGCACGACGAGGACAUCGUAUACGCGCGCGUUGAUCCCAAGACGUUCGAAGAGGCGCGUGCGGGGAUUCCGGUGACGACGCAGCGGCGGUUCGACGUGUAUCCGGAUGUCAGCAAGGGCCUGUAGUCGUAGUAGCAUCGCCCGUGGCCGAAGCAGUGUGCUCGCAGUGUACUGCAGUGACAAAGGAGUUCAAGUGAGGGAGACUGCGAUCGGAUUGGAGGGCGCCUGCCAGAAAAGGGAGUGAUGGCGGACGAAUGUUCGAGGGCCUUCGAUGCGUUUCGAUCGCGGCCGCUGCUUUUAUCGCCUGCGCUGAGCGAGCCACCGUCUCCCUCUCCGUCCCAUCCUCCCUCUUUUCUCCGUCUGU